AUGGAGAAGGCAUGGCCUCAGUGGGGCAACUUGCUGCAGUUCGUGUUCCCCUGCAUCUGUGGGCUUGGGCAAUGUGUGGCCCUUCCACUACCUGUGCCAGAUGUAUGGCGGAGGUCAGUGCCCACUAGCAGGACACAGCAGGUGCCUGGACGCAGGUGGCGGUGGCGUUCUGUCCAGAGCGCCCCAGCUCGGGAACAAAAGUGCUUGGUUCUACGGGCUUCAAGGGAUCCUCUGCCGUGGUCUGUCUGCCAGCUGAAUGGUAACAGCACAGGCUACAACAAGGAGUAUGAAAAGGUUUCUGACACAGUCCCAGAGUACAGGAAAACACUCAACAUCUCACCAUCCAUCCAGGAGAAUGGAGGAGUGCAGUGGGAGCCAGCACUAUGCCUCAUCCUGGCCUGGCUGAUGGUGUAUCUGUUCAUCCUGAGGGGCACUGAGUCGACCGGCAAGGUGGUCUACUUCACCGCAUCUAUGCCCUACUGUGUACUGAUCAUCUACCUGGUCCAUGGCCUCACACUCCACAGAGCCACCAAUGGCCUGAUGUACAUGUUCACACCCAAGAUAUGGGCUCUAGCCAACCCCAAGGCCUGGAUCAAUGUAGCCAUGCAGAUCUUCUUCUCACUGGGCUUGGGGUUUGGCAGCCUGAUUGCCUUUGCCAGCUACAAUGACUCCUCCAACAACUGCCAGAAGCAUGCCAUCAUUGUGUCCAUCAUCAACAGCUCCACCUCCCUAUUUGCCAGCAUCGCUACCUUCUCCAUCUAUGGCUUCAAGGCCACCUUCAACUAUGAAAACUGCUUAAACAAGGUGAUUCUGCUGCUGACAAAUUCUUUUGACCUAGAAGAUGGCUUUCUGACAGCCAGCAACCUGGAGGAGGUGAGACUGGCAUCCACCUACCCAAGCAAGUACAGUAAAGUGUUCCCACACAUGAGAAACUGCAGCUUGGAGUCAGAGCUGAACAUGGUGCGACCAAAGUGGGACAACCCCCUGCAGUUCUUGCUUACCUGCUUCUCCUAUGCCUUGGGCCUGGGCACUGUGUGGCCCUUCCCCUACCUGUGCCAGAUGAAUGGCGGAGGGAGUUUCCUGGUCCCCUACAUCAUCAUGCUCAUUGUAGAAGGGAUGCCAUUCUUGUACCUGGAGCUGGCUGUGGAGCAGCGCAGGUGGCGGGGCAGCACCGGUGUCUGGAGGACCAUCAGCCCCUACCUCAGUGGUGUCGGCAUUGAGAGCUUGGUGGUCUCCUUCUUGAUCUCUGUGUAUUACAAUUUCAUCAAAACCUGGUCUCUCUGGUACCUUUUCAACUCCUUUCAG